UUCCAUGAAACCAUCCACAAAGCAGCACAGCUCAAGCUUGUGAAAGCAGGAGAGAAAAAACGGCAAAGAAUGUCAGUGAAACUUGUACUAGAACUUGUGUUUGUUCAAAUUGCGAGGCUCUCUUGGGGACAAGAUUGUACACCACCGGGCUUCCCUCAUCUGAAAUGUACUGUUAGUAAAAACUGUUUAGAUGCCUGGCUAUCACGUUUGACUAACAAUAAUCUCAAUCCUAGUGCUCCCACUGAGUUGACUGUAAAAUCCAUCCUUAAAGAUUAUGUUUACGAUGGGCGUAUCGUUUCUAAUUAUCCUGCUUUCAGUAUCACUUGGAAGGCAGCUGAUGAUGUUGGAUUCCGUUACACAAAGGGAUUUAAGGUGACCAUAUUGUUUUUAAAUGGGUACAGAGUGAACGAAAAUAUAUGUAGAUUCUACAACAUGACUGAGGCUGUCUGGAAUGAUUCUGAUCACUUGAAACAACCAGAA